AUGGGGGUGAUGAGAUCAAUGCAAGAUUGGCAAAAUCUGAAGCUAAUAUUCUUCAUGAGGCCAUCAAAGACAAAGAAAGGUCACCAUGAAGAAGUAAUCGGGGGAUCCUUAGUACAAGAAGCAAGACCCAACUUGUGGCAACUUUCAACAGCUUCAAAGAUGAAAAUAACAUUUCUAUCAGUAAGGAAAUUAAUUACUUCACUUUCUUUUGGUCUCUUUUUGCAGAAACUAUUGGAGGAAACAUCUGACGACUUCUAUAAGGCUGUCAAUGUUGCAAUUCAUUGCAUCAAUGAUCACAAGAAGUACUAUGAAAAGGUUCUUCGCAAUGCGAUAAAAGGGGUUGGAAAUAAUGAGGAUGGACAAACACGUGUGUUUGUCACAAGGGCGGAGAAGGACCUGAAGGACAUCAAAGAGCUAUAUUAUAAGAAAAACAGUGUUCACCUUGAGGAUACAAUGGCCAAGGAAAACUCAGGAUACUACAAGAAGUUUCUCCUCACUUUGUUGGGGAAAGGAGGCUAAACAAAACCUAGUACUUGCUAAGGACAUGUCUUACAAUGGUUUUGUAUGAGAGAUUGAGAGUCAUAUAUUAGUGUCUCUGAAGUGUUGUCAUCUCAUUUGGUUUCCCUUUGUUCUUUUCUUCUUUUUUUAAUGUGUCCUAUGACCUUUAUCUUU